UCUCUGCCAAUGCUUUAAAGGAUGCUCUCACACAAAACACCAUACUCCUCAGUCAUACUAUCAAACAAUAGAGAAAUAGCAGGGAAGAGAAAGGGAGAGCAAAUUCUGCUUUAGAAGAAGAGAGUGUGGCUUUUUGAAUCAGAAUAGAGAGAGAGAAAGAGAGAAUGGCAAGAAACCUCUUUCAUGACCAACUAGUACAAGAAGAUUACAUUGACAUGGACAUCAGUUCUUCCACCACUUUCCUUUGCUACUCUAUUUCAAAUUCCCCCACAGAGUCGAAGGAAUUUGAAUUCCAGAAGAGUACCCAUCUAGUAGAAAAGGAGCCGAUCACAUCCCCUGCUGAUGACCUCUUCCACAAUGGAAAACUACUCCCACUUCAUCUCCCACAGCUUCAAAAGUCCCAAAAUAUCCUUCAAAAUCCCACCACCAUCUCAAAAUUCAAUCUUGAUGACUCCUUCCAUCUUAUUUCCACCACCAGCACUCCAUUCGAGUCCUGCAACAUCUCCCCUUCCACUUCUUGCUGUGUCAGCCAAGAGCUCCACCCUGAAGACUUCUACUUCAACCAAUCUCAAAACAGCAAGUCUUGGUCUAAGAAACUGAAACUGAUUAGACAGUCCUCUUUGGGUCUCAAGCUCAAGGCGUCAAAGGCUUAUCUCAAGUCUCUGUUCACAAAAUCAACCUGUUCUGAUGAUUCCUGCACAGUCUUGAAAGCCAAAGAAUGUUCAAUUGCUCACAAGAAGCCAUCAAGGAAAACCCCAUUUGGUCUUAUUCCCAGCAGAGCAAAUAGAGUCAUGAGAAGCUUUGACGGAGAGAAGAUGGAAGUGGAGGGAUGUGGGCAUAGGAGGUCAUUUUCUGAUGCUGUAAAUAGGCAGCAUUUGCCAAACAAAUCCUCUUCAACUUCAUCUUCUUCAUCUUCAAGUUCUUCUUCCUUCUCAAGUUUAAAGUCGAAUAGUCUCAGCAUUGUGGAUUCAGAGGUGGAGAAGUCGAUUCAAGGAGCAAUAGCUUAUUGCAAGAAAUCUCACAGAGUGGUUGUGGAAGAAAAAACUGUUAGUGAUGUUGAAUUGUGGUCAUUUUCUGCUUCAAGGAUUGCUGAAGAGUGUGAGAAGCAGGAGCGACCAGAAAUUUGCUGAAUUUGAAAACAGAGAUUUUCAAAAGCAACAAUGGAAUGUAAAAAAAUUAUUUAUUUUGAUGUGCCCAGUUUUUUUGUUAUUUAGAUAUUAUUAGUAGAGCUAAUUUUGUUAAAAGCAUGAUGUAGAGAAAAUCUGUUUGCUUGCAAUUAUGAUGAGAUUUGUUU